AUGACCCGGUGGAGCGCAUCCUCGACACUGGUGGUGGCCUUGGUGCUAGCAAUGGCCACCGGAUGGGCUACCGGGUGCCCAGCGGAAGUGUGCGUGUGUAAGUGGAAGGGCGGCAAACAGACGGUGGAAUGUGGGGGCCGCUUCCUAAACCGACUCCCGGAUGGGAUGGAUCCGGGCACACAAGUGCUCAACUUCUCCAGCAACAGUCUCACGAUCCUGCAGAGCGAACGGUUUCGCAAGAUGGAACUGAUCAACCUGCAGAAGAUCUACAUGGCACGGAAUCAGAUCGUAAAGGUGCACGAUCGAGCGUUCCGGGGGCUCACGAACCUGGUCGAGCUGGAUCUUUCCGAUAACACGCUCUCGGAGGUUCCGACGGAGACGUUCCAGGACUACGCGGCAUUGAUGCGGCUUUCGUUAAGCGGGAAUCCGAUUCGGGCGUUGCGAACGAGUGCGUUUAAACAGCUGUCCUACCUGACGACACUUGAGCUGAGCAACUGCCAGAUCGAGCUGGUUGAAGAUGAGGCGUUCAUCGGCAUGGAUAACCUCGAGUGGUUGCGACUUGAUGGAAAUCGAAUUGCGACGAUUCGUGGAGCGCACGUGUUGCCAGAAUCGUUGCAUGGCAUCAACCUGCAGAGUAACCGGUGGCACUGUGAUUGCCAUCUAACGGACGUGCACACGUGGUUGAACAGCUUCAACGUGCCACAGCGUGAGGAGAUUCGAUGCAGUACCCCUGCACGGUUGGUCGGUGAACCGAUCAAGGCACUUCCGGUAGACGAUCUGGCGUGUUUGCCAGUAGUGACACCGGAAACGUCCUAUCGAGAGAUCGCCGAAGGUCGCAACAUUUCGCUCGACUGUCGGAUAGCAGCCGUGCCCGAGCCAACUGUGGCGUGGCUUUUCCAGGGUCAAGUGCUUCUAAACGACAGUUUGCUAUCACCAAACCUGCACUUGUACUACUAUCAGGACGAGCUGGAUGGCGCUAAGCACAGUGAGCUGUUCAUUUACAACAUAAAUGCGGACGACAACGGCACGUACUCGUGUGUGGCCGAAAACUCAGCUGGACGCGUGCAAACGAACUACACACUGCACGUGAUCGUGAAGGAGGAGCCCGUCGUCGAACAGGUCACCUUCUCGGAGGAGUACUUCCUUGCGAUCGUGGCUGCAAGUGCUGCCACCGCGUUACUCCUGUGUCUGUUGUGUUGUGUGGUUGCCUGCCGUUGUGCACGUGGUCGGCGUUCGUCCGCCGGUGGCAAAAAGGGCCGUAAUGGAAAACAGGGUGUCGAAGGCUCUGGUGGACCACCAGGUCAGCAGAAGUGUGCCUCGAUCACACACGAUCUUGGUGAACCGCUGGGUGGUGCGAAACUGAAUGGAGCACUAGCGCUCGGUGACGGUGGCAAUCCGCAGGACAUCGUGCUUUAUCUGAAUGCGAACCCCAACGGGUUGGACAAGGCCGCACUCAACAGUAUGACGGCGAUGGCGCAAUUCUGUAGUCCACCUUCGGCACGCAGCUAUCAGGAUCAGAACCCCGAUCUCAUCAACGACGCCGAAAGUGGGCAGCUGAAGGGACGCGUUGGAGGGCUUCGAGUUGAUCCGGCGGCUGAUUCCGACCUUGGUGAGAAGGAUUCGGACGAGCAAAGUAGCGUGCAGGAUGGUGGCAGUGAGGUGAGCUUCCAGCAGCAACCCCAUCACCACCCACACCAGCACGCGCAGCAACCGGGAGGUCCUUACUAUCCGCAGAUGGCCUUGCGAGGACCGCGUUUUGUCGCGUCCGCGCUUUCGACGCUUCCGCGAGGUGCUUCGGCGUCGGCAGCGGUGACGCUUGGGGGUGGAAAAGACGCCCUUGCAGCCGCCUACCAACAUCAGGUCGACAUUCACCUGAGUCCGGGGUGUUUCCUCGAUCAAAACGGCUAUCCGGUGGAUUUGGGGUUGAUGGCGCCCUCUAGCGGACCACCUGUCAACUAUUAUCGCACGUUGCCACACAAGAAACACCAGCAGGCUGCAGGACCGGGUAAGGCUUUAGCGAGGUACGCCAACGACGCCGAGUUUGUGGGUGGAGGUCGUCCUUUACCACCUGCUUCACCCGCGACUACCGCCUACCCGUUGUACGCACCCACCGACGUGCGAUACACGGCCGAAGGUUAUCCGCAGGGCCAAAUCGGGGAGCAUUCGCAGUUUCCAUCACCCCCGGACGGUUACAAGGCCGAUCAGAUGCACCCUGUGGCUUACAUGAGUGCGACAGCAGCGGCAGCAGCUGGUUUUUGCGCUCCCACCCAACAGUGGCCCACCUUCUUGCCUGGGUUCCAUCCGCAGCUCAUUCCCAUCAUGACGCCGGGUGGUGGUGGAGGUGCUCUGCUCGCUUCACCCAUGCUACCAUCACCUGGUGGCCAGCCUCAACUUGGAAGUCCACAGACCCAAGCAGGACUCACGCUGAAGAAGUGCUCCGUGGGUGCACAGACAUCGGAGCUGGACAAACGCACCAUUCCGGAGCAGCGCGAGGACGAGGAGGACGAAGAAGAUGCGGAAGGAGAAGGAGAGGAGGGUGGCGAGCGAGAGGGAAAACUGCGACACCUGGCAGGUCCGUUGGCGGACAGUCCCGACGAAGGAUACGUGGGUGAUAGCCACGAAACGAGCGACAUUUGA